AUGGCCGAGAUAUCUAUUAAAGACAAACUACAUUCUUGGAUUCAGCGUUCUAUCGGUACAGGAAACUUUACUUUUACCGUUGAAAAUACAACUCAAAAAGGAGAGGGUUACAUAGGAGAAUUAUUUUUUGUUAAAAUUAAUUUACAACAACCGAUUGACGGAAAAGACGUUCUGUAUCUGGUUAUAAAAAUGAACAAAAAGAAUCCUGGAUCAGAAAAAGCUGUUUCUAUAUUGCAGGAUCUUUGCAAGAGAGAAGUAUUCUUUUACAGUACAAUUCUUAAAGAAUACAGGGAAUUUCAAAAUGACAGAAAGCUUUCAGUUCUUAUCGACAUAGUACCCAAGUGCUAUCAAACUUUUUCAGAAAAUGACAAUGAAGUUAUUAUUUUAGAAAAUUUAAAGAAAGAGGGCUAUGUUCUACAUCCGAGAGAACAGCCCAUGAAUGUUGCACAUCUAGAAAUGGGCUUGAAAUCUUAUGCAAAGUUACAUGCCAUGUCUUUCGCUCUAAAAGAUCAAAACAAAGAAAUUUUUGAAAAUAUGUCAAAAACCUGUACCUCCUUAGUGAAAGAGAUGUUUUUAAAUUUAAAAACAAUGUUUGAUACAAGAACACAUACAUUGGUGGAAACUUUAAAAGAAGCUGGUAGACCAGAUUUAUCGAUUGUGUAUGAAAAGUACAUAAACGACAAAAGUAUUUAUAACAGAUUUAUGGAAGGUGACGAUAAAACAAUGCCACUUCGCAUGGUUUUGUUAGAUUUCCAAGCAGUUUGUCUUCAUUCACCAGUAAUCGAUAUUUCCUAUUUUCUAUAUAUAAAUAUAUCCCCAACUGAAGUUACAAAACUCAAAGAUUUUAUAGAAUAUUAUUAUACUGAGUUUUGCUCAUAUCUGAAACAAUUAGGUAGUGAUGCUGACAAAGUAUUUCCGCGAAGUAUUUUCGAAGAACAUUUAAAAAAAUACCUGCCCUAUGGUGUGUUUUUGACACUACCCUGCUUAGAAAUAUUAUAUCUUGAAAAUGAUGAUACACCAGCUCUUUUUGAUGAAGAAACCAAGGAGUUCUUUGGGGGUUUGCCUAAAGACCUAAAGAUAAAAUCCCGGGACAAAUAUUUGCAACGUCUGGUAGCUUUAGUGGAUAGCUUUUUCAACGGACCAUUUGCAUAA